AUGAAUGACGAAACUCAAUUCACAGAAAGAGCUUUGAAUAUUUUAACAAUUGCUCAAAAACUAGCCCAAGAUCAUCAACAUCCACAAUUACAACCAAUUCAUAUAUUAGCUGCUUUCAUUGAAACUCAGCCAGAUGGUUCAAUUCCAUAUUUACAAAAUUUAAUUGAAAAAGCUCGUUACGAUUAUGGUGCUUUCACUAAAAUUGUAAAUAAAUCUUUGGUGCGUAUACCACAACAACACCCUGCUCCACAACAAAUAACACCAAGUUAUGCACUAGGUCAAGUUUUACAAGAUGCUGCUAAAAUACAAAAACAACAAAAGGAUUCCUUCAUUGCUCAAGAUCAUUUACUAUUUGCAUUAUUUAACGAUUCCUCAAUUAAAACCAUAUUUAAAGAAGCUCAAAUUGACCUCGAAGCUAUUAAGCAACAGGCUUUGGAAUUAAGAGGUAAUCAAAGAAUUGAUUCCCGUGGUGCAGACACUUCUACUCCACUGGAAUAUCUAACAAAAUAUGCAAUUGAUAUGACUGAAGAAGCUAGAGCAGGUAAAUUAGACCCUGUUAUCGGCAGAGAAGAAGAAAUUAGAAGUUGUAUUAGAGUAUUGGCAAGGAGAAUUAAAUCUAAUCCCUGCUUAAUUGGUGAACCUGGUAUUGGUAAAACUGCUAUUAUAGAAGGUGUCGCUCAAAGAAUUAUCGAUGACGAUGUCCCAAGAAUUUUACAAGGUUCUAAAUUAUUCAGUUUGGAUUUAGCUGCCUUAACUGCCGGUGCAAAAUAUAAAGGUGAUUUUGAAGAAAGAUUGAAAGGUGUUUUAAAAGAAAUUGAGGAUUCAAAGACGUUAAUCGUAUUAUUUAUCGAUGAAAUUCAUAUGUUGAUGGGUAACGGUAAAGAUGACGCCGCUAAUAUUUUGAAGCCAGCUUUGUCAAGAGGUGGUUUAAAAGUCAUUGGUGCUACUACAAACAACGAAUAUAGAUCCAUUGUUGAAAAAGAUGGUGCAUUUGAAAGAAGAUUCCAAAAGAUAGAUGUUUGCGAACCAACCGUUAGACAAACAGUUGCAAUUCUAAGAGGUUUACAACAAAAGUAUGAAAUUCAUCACGGUGUUAGAAUCCUAGAUAGUGCAUUGGUUACUGCCGCACAAUUAGCAAAGAGAUAUCUGCCAUACAGAAGAUUACCAGAUUCUGCAUUAGAUUUAGUCGAUAUCUCUUGUGCCGGUGUUGCAGUUGCUAGAGACUCGAAACCUGAGGAAUUAGAUUCUAAAGAACGUCAAUUACAAUUGCUACAAGUUGAAAUACAAGCCUUGGAAAGAGACAAGGAUGCUGAUGCCUCUACAAAGGAUAGAUUGAAGCAAGCUAAAAAGAGAGAAGCUUCAUUGAUUGAAGAAUUAGAACCAUUGAGACAACGUUAUGAAGAGGAAAGAAAGGGUCAUGAAGAAUUGACACAAGCAAAGAAGAAAUUAGAAGAAUUAGAAACUAAAGCAUUGGAUGCGGAACGUAGAAACGAUACUGCAACCGUUGCUGAUUUAAGAUACUUUGCUAUUCCAGAUAUUUUGAAGCAUAUUGAAGAAUUGGAACAACAAGUAGCUGAAGAACAAAAGAGAGCCGGUUCCGAUUCUAUGGUUCAAAACGUUGUUGAUACUGAUACUGUUGCCGAAACUGCUGCAAGGUUGACUGGUAUUCCAGUUAAGAAGUUGACUGAAUCAGAAAAUGAAAAAUUGAUUCAUAUGGAAAGGGACUUAUCUCAAGAAGUAGUUGGUCAAAUGGAAGCUGUUAAGGCGGUUUCCAAUGCUGUAAGGUUGAGCAGAUCAGGUCUAGCUAAUCCAAGACAACCUGCAUCAUUUUUGUUCCUUGGUUUAUCAGGUUCUGGUAAGACUGAGUUGGCAAAGAAGAUUGCAGGAUUUUUGUUCAAUGAUGAAGAUAUGAUCAUUAGAGUUGAUUGUUCAGAAUUAAGUGAAAAGCACUCAGUUUCCAAGUUAUUAGGUACCACCGCUGGUUAUGUCGGUUUUGAAGAAGGUGGGUUCUUAACAAACCAAUUGAAAUAUAAACCAUAUUCUGUUGUUUUGUUUGACGAAGUUGAAAAGGCUCACCCUGAUGUUUUAACAGUCAUGUUACAAAUGUUAGAUGAUGGUAGAAUCACCAGUGGUCAAGGUAAGACCAUUGACUGCUCCAAUACUAUUAUUAUUAUGACAUCUAAUUUAGGUGCACAAUACUUACAACAACAACCUGGAUCUAAAGUACAAGAAGCUACGAAAGGUUUGGUAUUAGCGGCAGUCAAGCAACAUUUCAGACCAGAAUUUUUGAACAGAAUUUCAGGUAUAGUAGUCUUUAAUAAGUUAUCAAGGAAGGCUAUCCAUAAGAUUGUUGACAUUCGUCUAAAAGAAAUUGAACAAAGAUUUGAAGCCAAUGAUAAGCAUUAUAAAUUGAAUGUUAGCGAAGAAGCUAAAGAAUAUUUAACAAAGUAUGGUUAUUCUGAUGAUAUGGGUGCACGUCCAUUAAAUAGAUUAAUUCAGAAUGAAAUUUUGAACAGGAUGGCAAUUAGAAUUUUAAGAAAUGAAAUUAAAGACAAAGAAGAAGUUAGAGUUGUACUAAAGAGUCGUAAAAAUAAAGCCAAUAGCGACGAAGAUGAAGCACAAGAAUACCUAGAAGUAUUGCCUAACCAUGAAGCAACAAUUGUCGAUGGUCAAGAUAAUAUGGAUAUUGAUUUCGAUGAAGAUGAAGAUGAAGAUUUACUGGGUCCAACUGAACUUGAUUAG